UCACUGCGUGUGUCAUGAUCCGCUCCACGGUGACGCGCCUCCGCUCGUCUGCCGGCCUCAAGGUCGCCGCCGCUGGCGCCGCCGCUGCCGCCGCGGCCUCCUUCGCCAUGCCUGCUGCCGAGUGUCAGAGCAAGGACGGCGCCUACGUCGAGAUCCGAAGCUCGAUAUUUGUAAUCAACGGCUUCUACAUGGCUAUGCGCGAGAAGUACACGAAGCCCAGCGCGUCCAUUUAUUACUACCUCGUCGAGUGGGACCCCGCGAAGCUCUCCUGGGGCGACUUCCGCGAGAAGGUGCUCGGAGGGACCGACCCAGCGAUGGCGGCCGACGGGAGCGCACGCAAGGAGAUCUUCGCAAAGUGGAAAGCGCUCGGCCUCGCGUCCGAGCCGAACGUCGGCGACAACGGGAUGCACGCGUCCGCCUCCCCCUUCGAGGCGAUGGCGGAGCGACUCAACUGGGUCGGCGCCAAGCUGGAGGAGGACGCGUUUGGCAAGGCGAUGCUGCAGGCGGGGAUCCCGCGGGCGACGAUCAUGGAGUGGACCAAGGACCCGCAGGUGGCCUUCGAGGGGAAGAAGCAGUCGCUCUUCGACCUGCUCGAGGACCUCGACUACGCCGACUGCCUCGCGAAGGCCCAGAAGAUCGCCGGCGUCAGCGGCAGCGUGCCGGCGGGCAAGAGCCAAGCCUUUGUCUUUGUCAAGCCGCACGCCGUCACCGACCCGGCGCUCUCCGACGGCGUCGUCUACAACGCAGUCGACGCGUGCGAGCGGCUCGGCGUCGACGGCGACCAGAUGGACAAGCUGUGGGCAAAUGCAAAGAAGAGCGACAACCUGGUCAAGUUCGGGGGAGGCUUCUACGCGGGCAAGAUCCCGGCGCCGAUGCCGUCGCCCAAGAAGAAGAAGGGGCUCAUCACGCGCACGUCGGGCGACAUGAGCGUCUUCAGCUCGGGCGAGAGCGUGCUGGACGCCGUGUUUGGACCCGAGGGCGGCAAGAUGCUCUGAGCCAGGGCAAGAUGCUCUGAGCCAGGGUGUGGCCGGCGCGGCCGGGGAGGGUCGCAGCCCGAGUCUGCUAGCCCGCCACUUGCCGCUCCGACCUCUCUCUCUCUCUCUCACCCUCUCCCUCCCUCACCUCCCUCCCUCUCCUCUCGGCCUCUCUCUCUCGCUCUCUCUCUCUCUCUCGCGCGCGCGCGCGCGCUCUCUCUCGCUCUAUCCCGCUCUCUCGCUCUCUCCCGAUCUCUCUCGGUCUCUCUCGAUAUCUCUCGGUCUCUCUCGGUCUCUCUCCCUCGGUCUCUGCUGUCGCACAUGUAUUCUCGGUCUAGCCCGCCGAGUUGUCGACGUGAGGGUGUACGGGACCUUCGGUGUCUCUCGACCCCUUUUGUUGUCGUCUCCGUCUGCUUGAGGUCUGUGUGUCCGUGAGACGAUGCCCAUUGUACUGAGCUGUUGAGCAUGUCAUCAGGGGAGCAUGUCUUGGCUCGGUGUCCU